GGAGUGGGGUCCACAUUCUUGGCUGGAUGGGAUGUAUUCCCCUGCUGCGCACGCAAAGUAUAGUAUUUCACUCUGUUCUUCUGCCACAAACCUUUCAAACUCAAAGAAAAGAAGUUUUGAAGAUCCAAUCAUUAAAAAGAAAAAAGCUUUGGAUUUGUUUGAACAAUCCCACAUGCUCAAAUUCAUUCUUCUCGUUGCUUCGGCCGCCAUUUUUGUUCUUCUUCUAAUCUCCAUCUUCUUCUUCUUCUUCCGCCAUAAGCUCUCACUAACAGAGCAUCGACACGACGUCGAGAGGCCCUGCAACGACGAACACAACAAAAAGGAACACACGCCGCCGCCAUCGCCGCCGUCGUUGGCAACUUUUGAGGGUGGCGAGGAUUUGACGAUCGACGAGAUUCUAGAAGCUCCGGGGGAAGUGAUUGGCAAAUCCCACUAUGGAACUCUGUACAAAGCUUCGUUACAGAGCACCCAAUCGACCCGGCUACUUAGAUUCCUCCGGCCGGGUGCCGGUGGAGGAGAGUACGACGUCGUUCGGUUUCUGGGUUCGAUUAGGCAUAGGAAUUUAGUGCCGAUGCUAGGAUUCUACGCCGGCGGGAGGGGUGAGAGGCUUCUGGUUCACCCGUUUUAUGGGCAGGGGAAUUUGGCGGAGUUGAUUAGAGGUAAGUUUGAAAAUUUUGGUGUGAGAUUUUCUGUUUGUUUCUCGAGAAAGUGGAAGGGAAAAUGGAGUUCAAUUUGGGGUGGGAUGUCGGCAACCAGAUUUGUUGUCGGUUUUUGGUGGCUGUCGGCGUUUUUGUCCGUAGGGAAAUCAGAGAUGGUGACCAUUCUGGUUCGUCCAGCGGUGCCUUUUUAUUUGUCUCUUCUCCUCCAGGAUUUUAAAUGUCGGUAGAGGUGGAGAGGUUAACGUGGGAUCUCACGAUCCACCCACUUAGGACUAAACAUUUAGACGCACAGUUCGAUGUCUGACUAUAAUAUUAUUUGUAAUAGUACAAGUCCUCUG